AUGAAAAAUUAUCACGAAGUUUAUAAAGAUAAUGGAAAUAUAUUAAAUAGACAUUUAAAUAUACACAAUGAUAAUCCUAUCAGUUCUGUAAAGUACUUUAAAAAGAGAAAAAGAGUUAGAAGAGAUGAAAAAGCGCAUAAAUGUGAUAGCUUCUCUUAUAAAAAGGGCAAAGCAUAUAUAUCACAUCCCCAUGUUGGGGAUAGUGAUAGCGUGAAUUAUUCUGGGAAUACAAUUUGUACAACAGUUAUACGUGCUUCAGAAGGUUAUAUAAUCAAGCUGACAUUUGUGGACAUGUUCCAUAUAGAAGAUCACCCAGAGUGUAACUAUGAUUAUUUAGAAAUUCGCGAUGGAGACAAGGGCUAUUAUAAUCUCUUGGGCAAAGUGUGCGGAGAAAAGUUUCCAUCGCAAAUCACCACAACUGGCCCUAACGCCUGGAUGAAGUUUUACUCUGAUGAUACCAUUGAAUAUAAAGGAUUCAGGGUGCAAAUUGAUUUCAUUCCAAAGGACACUAGCGUCAGCGUUCCGGAGUCCUGCGUCACUGAGCUGUCAGGAAAGUACGGAAGGUUCGAUUCAGACAAUUUGAACGAAGACUGCAAAGACAGAACCGCAUCUCGAGCUCUCGACUAUCUCUGGAGUAUCGACGUGCCAGAGGGACACAAAAUAUACCUUAACUUCACAACGUACACUGUGGGAGAGCCCAACGAGUGCGACAAAAAUUUCGUCCAAGUUUUCGGAAGCGUUUUGGAAUACGAAGAAAAACUAGCACAUUACUGUGGCUCCGUGGCUAUGCCCGUGACGACAACGGGGCCGAGUGCCAACCCGGGCGAGGCGAAUGAGGACGAAGACCUAGGCAAUAUAAUGCAUGUCCGGCUGUACGCGGCGAGAGAACAAAAAGCGAAAACUUUUAUAGAUGCCACGUUUACCGCUUACCGGACCUUGGAUCUUAGUAAAAAUAAUACAUGCGAUGCGGAAACUGAAUUUGAUUGCGAAGAUAACACUUGCAUAGACAUCGCUUUGAGAUGCAAUAACUAUGCCAACUGCAGACUUAAAGCUGACGAAGAGAAAGAUCUUUGUAAGCACACGACCGAAUCCCUUAUCCAACAACCUCGUAUCCAGAUGAUCGUGAGCAUCUUUUGCGUCAUUCUAUCUGGCAUUUCUUUUGUUUUCUUCUUCAAGUGUAUCAAGAAACUUUACUUCGACCACAAGACUAUUAAAGAGCAGAUCCACCAAUCCUGCGAAGACAGAUUAGACAGCAUGAUUGGCAGUCGACUCGUACUGGAUUCAAAGAAAAUGCAGCGGGUUAGCGAGCCACGAGCUAGCCUAGAGAGAGAAAACCUUACUAAUGAAAUGUUCAAACAGCAAAGAAAACUGCAGCAGCUAGUACGGCCAACCAGCAUAGAUUCUGACUUUAUGCAAGAAACUGAGCGAGAUAUUGAAGAAAGUCUAUGGCGCAGAAAUGUUGAUGACGUUCCAAAAACGGAAAACGUAAGAAUCGAGCGUAACGAAAGAACAAGAAGAAAAGAACAACAAGAGUUAAAAACUGAAAACAAUGAAAGACCAAGGAGACUAGAAAAAGAGUUAGAUGACAUAAAUAUAGAAGUAAACAAAGGACACGAUCACUUACCACGAUUGAGCGAAUUUAGUGAUAAGGUCUUACCGAAGAAGAAAAGAAGGGAGGAAAGGAAAGAAAUAAAUACCUCUAGAGAUGUUUCUGUUGGUGUCCCGGAUACUAAACAAUCUGGAUGUCAAACAAGAGAUAGUUUGUUUCAAACUGAUCCAAUAAUGAAGUCAGAUGGUUUUGGCACCACUAAUGGCAGACGCUUAUCAAAGUUCAGACAAUCUGGCGCUAGUAUUAGUAGAUCUUCACCCCCUCAGAUUAAACCCUCGGAUAUCAUUAUCGAAGUCAUCAGACCCAUAACAGAAGAGGAGAGAAAACCGCAGAAAAAGGUCCCCGAUCCUCGCCCAAUGAGUGCAGAAACCACCCGUUCAGCACCUGAUGUCAUCAUUUUAGCCAAGCCGACUCUUUGAUGGUGAUUUAAAGCACACAAGGGCUUCUACUCCCUCGA